AUGGAGAAAGAAGAGGCGGACGAUCGUCCCGGCAAUGGAGUGAGCUGGCGGGACAAUAGUGAUGGGGUGCCAGUUGCCGACCCAGAGAAAGAAAUGCUGGGAGACCAAGAGCGAGGAGAACAACAAGAAUCGAGCGAUACUCCCGACAGUGGCACGACGCUGGGACUGCCUAGUGAUGGCAUGGAAGAAAAACCCGACUCAGAGCUACCACCCGCUGCCGACAGCGACACGCAGCCCACACCCGUUCGACCCGAACUCCAAGGGAGAGCUACUACAUAUGCCUCAUCCACUCGCACUCUCCCGCGCUUGAAGCGUAAAGAGACGAAAAUGAUGCAAAAGGAAGCGCACCCAAUGCAGCACUUGGGCAUUACGCUCGGGCUCCCGGCGAUUUUGCUCUUCGACAUCAUCGUACCGUGUAUCAUAUACUACACUUGGUACAAUUCCCGCAAACACCGCUGGGAGAGAGAGUGCCGGGAGCAGUUCAAUAGCACGCCCCGGGAAUGUCCCCUUCCCAAGCCAGAAUACGACGAAAACAUUCUGGGCUACGCCAUCAUCUCUUUCGGUGCCGGCGAGCUUUGGAUUCUGAUUGCACGGGUGUACCGAUUGUUCGUUCACACCGAAGACUGCGCGCCUCUAUUGUCGCGGAGCAGAUGGGAGCUGGAUGCCACGUCGUGGGUGUACGGGGUCGCCAUGAUCCUGGCCCUGAUCCCCUUCGUCGUCGGCAGUUCGCUAGUCAAGCCCCAUCUCUACCUCUACUCACCGACCUUCAUCAUGGGAUUUCUGGGCAUCCUGAUGCUCAUCACCGAGAUACUCCCAUUCAAAAUCCCCAUUGGGAUCAAUUCGCAACCUCGAGGCACGAAGCUGCGCCCAUUCAUUUACUAUGCCGCCGAGGAUUUCAUUGCCGUCGACGGCCUGCAGGACCGGGAGUUCCGCGUCCGCUACAACGACCGUUAUGAGAACAACAAAGCCUUUCGCCAACUGUUUCGCUACUUGACCUGGUGGUGGUUGUUUGGCGUGUGCACGUACAUCGGGUGCGUGUCCGCCGUCAUCUGGACCCUGGAGUUCCACUACGCCUUUGGCCUUUCGUUGGGUGUUCUUUUCUCUUAUAUCGCCAUAUGGGCGGCCGUAACUUAUGCGUGGGUCAAGCUUGAGAUUGAAAGAGAGCACAAGGCUUUCGAGGAGGGCAAGUUUGACCCUUAG